CACCUUCCCCAUCUCCGCUUCCUCACACACUCUGCUUCCUUCUUCUCGCUGCAUACUUGUCUCAUACUCAUAAAAGUCUUUGCGUUUAUCUUACUGGUUCAUUCGACAACUUCCCUCAUCUCAAAAUGCCUACCCUGCUCCUCACCCACCCCUCCCUGGCAUCAGACCCCCAGCGGGUAUCCCAGAUUACCGCUGAAAUGGUCCAGCCCGUGUCCCAUCAGAUGAUUGACCGUCUCGCCUCGGAGGCCGUCUCUCUCCCAAAGGCGCAUUACACCGGUAUCCGCGUCGCUCCGUCCGGCACAAAGCUACCGACUGCCGUGGUGGCACUCCUCGCAGAUGCGAUUAUACCUGGUGGCAAGGUCGAAGGCGUUUCUUCUUCCCAGAACAUGGACGCGAUCAUGAAUGGAUUUCUGGUGUCUGGUAGCGAUGAAAACUCCGUUUGGACCAAACCCGAGCCUCAGAAAGUCGUUCUGCUCAAGCGGAGAAGUCCCGCGGAGAAAACUGCAAAUGGAGCCGUCAGUCUCUUUAGCAGGCCAAACGCAUCACUAGCAUCCCACAAAACCCCCGACUCGUCCGUCUCAUCACCCGCUCUAUCUGCCGCUUCAACAACUUCGUCCUCUGCAUCCUCGAUCGCCUCUCCCAAGAGAGCUGCUGCCGAGCCAUGGACCGUCGACGUUGACGACGGAUUCUCAUUUAACGACGUGGACGACGACGACGACAUCAUCGACGAAGACGCGCUGCUAGACGGCGACCUCCCCGACACCAUCAAGAUCCCCACCGCCUGUCAACCAUCCGGCAAGCGACGCCGGAAAGCGUGCAAGGACUGCACUUGCGGCCUGAAAGAACUUGAGCUUCAAGAAGAGGAAAGACGGCGGCAGAACCAAGCCAAUGUUGUACAGCUUUCCUUCGACGACACUGCCGAGAUCGACUUCACUGUUCCCGGAAAGACUGGCUCAUGUGGAAACUGCUCUCUCGGUGACGCUUUUCGGUGCGAUGGAUGCCCCUACCUCGGACUUCCUCCGUUCAAGGAGGGUGAGAUGGUCAGCAUCGAUGCUCUUGGCAACGACUUUUGAUCGUCGCAACCUUCAUCUCCAUCCUUUCUUCCUUUAUCGUUUCCAUUCAUGUUGUCAUUGCCUAAACAUUAUCACGAGCAGGCUGGAAAAGUUUUAUUGUCUUGUGCACAUCCAUGUCACUUUUUCCUCAUUUCUUUCAUACGGUUUUUCUCAUUCGGCUACAGCGAGGCGGUGUACUUCAGUUCCAUCAUUGCUCUAAUUAUUUUUUGAUUUGCUUUUUGUAAUAUCUUGGAUACUCCGAAUUAUUAUAAUUUUUCUUUUCUUCUAUAACUGUUAAUAACGCUACGCUUCUUUUUGCACAGUAUUUCUGUUUGUCAACUUUAUUAGUUUUAUAUGAUCUGGGGUUAAUCGUUGUUGAGGUUGGAUUUUAGGGGCAGGUGCCUUUGUUUUUCUUAUUGUAUCAUUAAUGUAUAAAAACUUGAAAUACACAAUACAUCAAAGACGAAUUAAAGCU